CAAAAACACAGUAGAAAAUCGCUUACAGUAGAAUUUAAAAGUAAAGUAAUACAAUUUGUAGAAGAAACUCCCAAAAAGAAGAAAUUAGAGAUUGCCAAGAACUUUGACAUCACUCCCUCCACAUUAACCACAAUAAUAAAAAAUAAAGAAAAGUAUAGAGUUGACGGUGGACUGUCCAAAAUGUGCAAAAAGGCUAAGAAAGGUGAGCUACAGGAUGUCGAAGAAGCUAUUAUUAAGUGGUUAAAACAGUGCCGGGAUAAAAAUGUACCCGUUGGAGGUCCUAUACUCCAAGAAAAGCCUCAACAGUUUGCAGAACAAUUAGGGCACGCAGACUUUCGAGCCAGUAAUGGCUGGUUGGAUCGGUUCAAAAAGAGGCACGAAAUAAGUUUCAAAAAAAUUUGUGGCGAGAGUGUUGCCGUGAAUGUUGUAACUUGCGAAGAUUGGAAAGCUAAAUUGCCAGACUUGAUACGUGGAUACAAUGCAGAUGAUAUCUACAAUGCUGAUGAGACAGGGCUUGUUUUUAAGUGCCUGCCGGACAAAACAUUAACGUUUAAAAGAGACCCUUGCAACAGGGGCAAAAACAGCCAAGAUCGUUUGACAGUCUUGCUCUGCAAUAGCUCAUCCGGUACAGAUAAACUGAAACCUCUAGUUAUAGGGAAGUCAAAUAAGCCCAGAUGUUUCAAAAACGUAUCGACCUUACCAACAGACUUUAAGGCUAAUAAUAAAGUGUGGAUAAACAGAGAGGUCUUCGAUGGCUGGCUGAAACAAACCAAUGAAAAAGAAACACAUUCUUUUAUUUAUCAACAACUGCACUGCACAUGCAAAUAUUACGGUACUAACGAAUAUCAAAGUUCAGUUCCUGCCUCCAAACACAACGUCUAUACUCUAACCACUUGA